GUGACCCUGGAAUCCCCGCAGACGCCGGGAGACUCGGCGGCCGGAGCGGCUGGCGGUUCCCCGCACCUCCAGGAGCUUCCAGGGAGCCCUCCAAGCCGUGCUCGGGGUCCUUCCCGCUGUUCACAGCCCAGAGCCAUGAUGAAGACCUUGUCCAGUGGGAACUGCACACUCAACGUGCCUGCUAAGAACUCCUACCGCAUGGUGGUGCUCGGCGCCUCCAGAGUGGGCAAGAGCUCCAUUGUCUCCCGCUUCCUCAAUGGCCGCUUCGAGGACCAGUACACGCCCACCAUCGAGGACUUCCACCGCAAGGUGUAUAACAUCCACGGGGACAUGUACCAGCUCGACAUCCUGGACACGUCUGGCAACCACCCGUUUCCUGCCAUGCGCCGGCUCUCCAUCCUCACAGGAGACGUCUUCAUCCUGGUGUUUAGCCUGGAUAGCCGGGAGUCCUUCGACGAGGUCAAGCGUCUCCAGAAACAGAUCUUGGAGGUCAAGUCCUGCCUGAAGAAUAAGACCAAGGAGGCCGCCGAGCUGCCGAUGGUGAUCUGUGGGAACAAGAACGACCACAGUGAGCUGUGCCGCCAGGUUCCUGCCGUGGAGGCCGAGCUUCUGGUGUCUGGUGACGAAAACUGCGCCUACUUCGAGGUGUCGGCCAAGAAGAACACGAACGUGAAUGAGAUGUUCUAUGUGCUGUUCAGCAUGGCCAAGCUGCCCCAUGAGAUGAGCCCCGCCCUGCACCAUAAGAUCUCUGUGCAGUACGGCGAUGCCUUCCACCCCCGGCCCUUCUGCAUGCGCCGCACCAAGGUCGCAGGCGCCUACGGCAUGGUCUCGCCCUUCGCCCGCCGCCCCAGUGUCAACAGCGACCUCAAGUACAUCAAGGCCAAGGUCCUACGGGAGGGCCAGGCCCGAGAGAGGGACAAGUGUAGCAUCCAGUGAGAGGCAGGGACGUUGGGGAGGGGCCUUGGGCAGUGCCUUAAGGGAGGUGGCUGAGGCUUCCCACUGCCCACACCCCACAGAGGGCCCUAGUUGUGUACCCUGUGCCCAUUCUCUUGCUUCCUGGCCACCUCCUGUGAGCUAUGAAUGUGGUUCCUUUGUGGGAGGACAGAGACAUGUCUGGGGACAUGUCAGCAGCACUCAUGCUGAGACAAGCUUUCAGUGUCUUUAGAGUGUGAGGAAUGCAGAAAGGCCAGGAGUCCUGUGUCAAAGCAAGAUGUUCACGCAAGUCACAGAAUGAGAACAUCGUAGCCAGAUGUCCCAGCCAGAUUCCCUGGUGGCCUCUGCUCCCUCUGUGCAGAUCAACUUGGUCUCUGCCCCUGGAGAAACCACCCUCCUGGGUCUUUAGUUCCUGCCCUCUGGCCCAUCUGUGUAGCCCACCCCCAACUCCACAACUUAGCCCCUAGAGCCGAGA